GGAAUGUUACCGACUAACAAUCGGAACAACUGAGCACUCGGUAAUUGGACUCCAGGAUCAAGGAAUCCCAUCUUUGUGAACAUUUUCCUUCAGCCAUUAACCCACUUUCAGGUCCCGGCUCGCCACCGUUGGAUAACUUCGCCCGCCGCACGGUUUCUCCGCUGAAGAGUUUGUAUUUUAUUCCAACAUCCCCGUGUUUUUUUUUGCGCGUCUCCGGUCCGGGAAGGUAAUAAAUAAAGGAGAGAAAUGCAAGGAUUCGUCAGGUUACAGUUGGACCGCUGAGCUGAGCCGAGCUUCCCCGAUGCUUCCCUUCUCUCCGAGCGGGACCGCGGAGAGGUAAAGGACGGGGAUCCGGCAGAGAGGCGUGUGAGUCGGAGCGCGGUGGUCGCUCCGCUCCGCCGGGUCUGGACCUGCGCCCUGCCCGGCCAACGCGCUCCCAGCCCGGGCUGCACCUCCGGGCUGCACCUCCCCGUCUGGAGCCGCCGCGGGGAGCCCGGCCACGGUCUGUCCGGGACCCCCGGUCCCCCAGGGAGAGCCAGCCCCCCAGUCCCCCGGGCUGAAUGAGUCGGAGGAGUCCGCGGGGGGGAGAGUUUUAGCGCAUGAGCGUCCGCCCGGGUCCGGGCAGCGCUCCGACGCCCCGCCGCCGGCCGCGGCUCAUGCGCUGAAACUCCGCCGGAGAGGACAGACAGAGAGAGAGAGAGAUAGAGAAAGGAGAAAAAAAAGGGGACAACACUUCCGAAAAUCGCCCACAUGCACUGGAUCAAUCGCUGGAUUUGGGAAGCGAACACGCAGACGGGAGGACGGGGAUCCGCGCAGGGAGCUGCCCAGGGAUGGAGCGGUGCGGCCGGGCUCAGUGACAGCCUAACUUCGGGCCACUUUCCGCUCCUUCUUCUCACUCCUGAACAAGUCGCCUCUGUUCCCACUCCCAGGACACAUGCAGGCCAAAAAACGCUACCUGAUCGUGCUGUCCGCCGGUGCGUGUGUGCUGCUGCUGUCGUUCCUCGGCGGGGUCCAGCUGCCCUCCCCCGGCCCCGGCAGCCCCGGGGCCCGGCGCGGGUCCGGCAGCCCCGGGCUCGGCCCCGAUCAGCCCUGGCCCCGCUACUCAGACCCCCUGCAGCCCUUCUUCUCCUCCCCCCGGGACCACACGGACUCGGACUACAACCUGCACACGUCCCCCCGGCAGAAGCGGGACGUGAACAGCAGCGCGUACCGGGGCCGGCGCUGCCGCAUGGACUCCUGCUUCGACUUCUCCCUGUGCCACCGCACCGGCGGGUUUAAAGUUUACGUUUACCCCCAGCAGAAGGGGGAGAAGAUCUCCGAGAGCUACCAGAACAUCCUCUCCACCAUCGAGAGCUCCAGGUUCUACACCUCGGACCCGGGGCAGGCGUGCCUGUUCGUGCUGAGCCUGGACACCCUGGACCGGGACCAGCUCUCCCCGCAGUACGUGCACAACCUGCGGGGGAAGGUGCAGAACCUGCCGCUGUGGAGCGACGGCCGGAACCACCUGAUCUUCAACCUGUACUCGGGGACGUGGCCGGACUACACGGAGGAGCUGGGCUUCGACAUCGGCCAGGCCAUGCUGGCCAAGGCCAGCAUCAGCACCGAGAACUUCCGGCCGCGCUUCGACGUGUCCAUCCCGCUCUUCUCCAAGGAGCACGCGCGCACGGGCGGGGACCGCGGCUUCCUCCGGUUCAACUCCAUCCCGCCCUUCCGCCGGUACGUGCUGGUGUUUAAAGGGAAGCGCUACCUGACCGGGAUCGGCUCGGACACCCGCAACGCCCUGUACCACGUCCACAACGCGGACGACGUGGUGCUGCUCACCACCUGCAAGCACGGCAAGGACUGGCAGAAGCACAAGGACGCGAGGUGCGACCGGGACAACGCAGAGUACGACAAAUACGACUACAAGGAGAUGCUCCACAAUUCCACGUUUUGUUUGGUUCCCCGUGGAAGACGGCUGGGCUCGUUUCGCUUCCUGGAGGCGCUGCAGGCCGCCUGCGUGCCGGUGAUGCUGAGCAACGGCUGGGAGCUGCCGUUCUCCGAGAUCAUCGACUGGAACAGAGCUGCAGUCAUCGGAGACGAGAGGCUCCUGCUCCAGAUUCCCACCACGGUGCGCUCCAUCCACCAGGACAAGAUCCUGUCCCUCCGGCAGCAGACCCAGUUUCUCUGGGAGGCGUACUUCUCCUCGGUGGAGAAGAUCGUGCUGACCACGCUGGAGAUCAUCCAGGACCGAGUGCUGGAGCACGGCUCCCGCAGCAGCCUGAUGUGGAACAGUCACCCGGGGGGGCUGUUCGCUCUGCCGCAGUACUCCGGCUUCCUGGGAGACUUCCCCUUCUACUACGCCACGCUGGGUAUUAAACCCUACCCCAAGUUCACGGCCGUCAUCCACGCCGUCUCCCCGCUGGUGUCCCAGUCCCAACCCAUCCUGAAACUACUGGUGGCUGUGGCCAAGUCCCAGUACUGUGCACAGAUUAUCGUCCUGUGGAACUGUGACAAACCUCUCCCUGCAAAACACCGCUGGCCGGCGACCUCGGUGCCCGUCAUCGUCAUCGAGGGAGAGAAUAAGGUCAUGAGCAGCCGCUUCCUGCCUUACGAGACCAUCGUGACGGACGCCGUCCUCAGCCUGGACGAGGACACGGUGCUGUCCACCACAGAGGUGGACUUUGCAUUCACCGUGUGGCAGAGUUUCCCUGAGCGGAUCGUGGGCUACCCGGCCCGCAGCCACUUCUGGGACAGCAACAAGGAGCGCUGGGGCUACACGUCCAAGUGGACCAACGACUACUCCAUGGUCCUGACCGGCGCCGCCAUCUUUCACAAGUACUAUCACUACCUGUACACCAACUACUUACCCUCCAGCCUGAAGGGCAUGGUGGACCAGCUGGCCAACUGUGAGGACAUCCUGAUGAACUUCCUGGUCUCUGCCGUCACCAAGCUCCCGCCCAUCAAAGUCACGCAGAAGAAACAAUACAAGGAGACUAUGAUGGGACAGUCUUCCAGGGCGUCCCGCUGGGCCGACCCGGACCACUUCGCUCAGCGGCAGACGUGCAUGAACAAGUUCGCCAGCUGGUUUGGCACCAUGCCACUCAUCCAUUCCCAGAUGAGACUGGACCCCGUACUCUUUAAGGACCAGGUCUCCAUCCUCCGUAAGAAAUACAGGGACAUCGAGCGGCUCUGACAGGACCGACGCCCCCUGGGGGGAGAGCCCACGCAGGGGGACACGUGAGAGAGACACUGUGGGGGAAUAGGAACAGUGGAGACUACAGGAGGACGGACAGGGAGAGACUCUGCUCCGUCUUCCAUCAGCACAUUGCCAAUAACCGCAGCGCCGCCGCUGCCAGGACUCCACGCAGGAGGGGACGGGGAGAAAACAAGCAGAUGGCAUUUGGAUAUGGACGGAAAAAAUGUAAACACAGACUGACAAAGAUGAGUACACAAAGUGACGGACAUGCCAAACAGUACUGUAUGUUUCACAAAUGUGCAAACACGCAGCGCACACUACUGACGACCAGAACUAUUGGAUAGAAUAUUUUUUUGUACUACGUGAAAAAAGGAUGGCUUUUCCUGCUCUCUCUGCACACGCAGGACGGUAGAAGAGGGAAGGUGUCAGCGAUUCCAAACCUGGCAACACACGAAUCCUACCGGUCGCCCCUAGCAACCCCUUCCUCGUCAGCAUCAGGACAUGUUAGUGGACUCAUUACCAAACUCCUGCUUUACAGCCGGGGAUUCUUCUUCAGAGUAAAAGAAAAGGUAAAAGGAAAAAAGGAAAUAAAAGCUAAACCGCGGUGUUGGUGCCGUCGUUGCAGAGAUGCAGCCUGGAGUCUGAAACUGGUCCGGCCCGUGCUUUCCUCAGCUCAUUCCUCUGUUGAUAUUGCUGUUUCUAAUGUUGUAUCUGACUCAGUUUUCCCAGGGAUGCGUUACAAAAACAUCUUAUUUCAUGUCACAUUUUCCUUUCAUACUUGCCACAGCAGUUGUACUUUUCUCAUCUUUUUUUCCCCCAGUUACCUUCAUCAUCCUUUAUUUCCCUGUUCAGCCUCACUGUACUUUCACUUAUCUGUGUGUGUGAGUGUGUGUGUGUGUUUGUGCUGAAUGUACAGAAGCUUGAACAGUUGGCUCAUCCAACCAUAAGCUCCAGCCGAGUAUAUUGUCCCUCGGUUGAAAUGAGUGAAAUGAACAUUUCUAGAUGAAAUGGAGUGGAACGUUGCAUUCUAACCCAAACUUUCGUCAAUUUUCUUUCUUUUUCCGUUUCAUUUCUUCCUGCACGGUCUCUGAGCACUGUCCUUGCAGGCAGAAAUGGAAUAGAUAAAUAAAUAAAAGAAAGCCCAGCGUGUCAGCAGUGACCAGCGUGGUCUUAGAGCUUGUAGAGAUGUUGAACGUCGAGUGCAUCAGUGCCAUCCUGACAUCAGGAUCAGCCUUCACAAUCGUUUCUUGCACGUUUGCCUACAUCCGUUUGAGAUGCCUAGACGCUCUAAUGUUGAUAUAUUCUCCUCAUGAGUCCACUUUAGUGCUCCCGUUGCCAUAUUUCCCCCCUCCACAUAUCAGACGACCUCAGAGCCGUUAAAUUUAUGAAGACUUUCUCCUCCAUUUGUCAGACGGAUACAUUUAGGCUUCAAUUAACUAAACCGAUAUUGUUUAGAGAGCUGUUUUAUUCCUAGGGGACAAGCCAUUUAUAAAACCCUGCACAUUAUGGACUAUUGUGUUGUUAACAAAUGUGACCCUCUGCCUAAUGCCAGCCGUGGGGAAGGGGGGGAUUCAUCCUGCUAAUGUCCUGUGUUCAAUCCAGCCUGAAUAUCUGUCGCCUCCACACUAGGGCUGGGCGAUAUGGACCAAAAGUCAUAUCUGGAUAUUUUCUAGCUGAAUGGCGAUACUCGAUAUAUAUCGAUAUUUUUUCUGUGCCAUAAUUGGGGUUUCCCCCAAAGCAUUAUAGCAUAGCAUCUCUGUUAGCAUCUCUGUUAGCAUAUCUGUUAGCAUCUCUGUUAGCUUAAUUUUUUUCUGAGGCAAACCCUUAAAAAAACAGUCAGUUUUAAUACAAAGCCUCGUGCCAAAUGUCACACAGGUUCCUUUAUUAACAGAGGUCUGCACAAUAUCAAAAUGUAUAAAACAAAUGAAAUAAAAAUAAACUGCCUGCAUAUAUAGAAUAAAAAUGCUUCUUGAAUAAAAUAAAAAAAAUAUCUCUUUCCUGCAUAACAAUUAAAUUAAAAUACACUGUGCAAUUAAUACAAUGUAGACAGUAACAGGCAGACUUUUCCACUGAGGUUGACAGUUGUGCAAAUAAAAAAACAUUUGUGCAAAUCUCAAUAAAACAUUCAAGUCAAUUUGUCACAAAAUAAAAAAAAAAAAAAAGUGAAAUCGAUACAAACGAUAUUGUCUCGUACCAUAUCGCAUUUGAAAAUAUAUCGAUAUAUAUUAAAAUCUGGAUAUAUCGCCCAGCCCUACUCCACGCCGGCCCCUACUGGUUGCACCUUAAACCAUCUCGCUGGUUUCAGACAAACAGAUCAAUGUGCCAGAAUAACGGUCUCUCUCGCCCUGCGGUUGAUGUUUCAGGGAGAGGAGGUGUCGGAGAGGAGAGGCUGGAUCCACGCUGCCACGUUUAAUCUGCACACACUUGAAUAAAGGCAGCACGCUCUUAGUGGCCUUUCCCUCGGACAGGUUUUCAGCGUUAAUGUCGGAGCCAAAACAAUUCAGCACGUCCAUCGCUUCGCUGUCAUCAUCAGUGUCGCAUUCAACGCCACUUCUUUCUCCUUCCCAUUGUUGAGUUGAUGUAAGAGUUAUUUCAUAGCCAUCACACAUUCAGCAAGGCUGAACAUAUCAGGCCCGGCCAGGAGGACGAUCAGACUCCCGGCUCUUCUUUGUUUUAAAUAUCAGGUUUGUAUUUACAGAACAUUCUGGGACUUUUAAGUUUGAAGUGAGAUUAGUUUGCCAGCAUGUAUUUAUCAAUUACUUAGUGUGGAGAUGCACAAAACCAUCGCGAAAACAAAACGGAAACAAAACAUCCCUCUUUUACUUUGCAUCUGGCUGCAAUUUCUUCUUCAAAAAGACAAAGUACUGUUUCAUAUCAUGUGUGAAUGUCUUUCUUUAAUGUCCAUCUCCAUUACUGUUGUUGGUUAUUUUAAGAGAAUGUUGUCCUCCAGCGUCACGUCUUAUUCACACACGGAAAGAAAACGCCACCCAUUUCAAAAGCUCUGUCAUCAGCAGUGUAAAUAGAUAUUUAUUUCCUACAAAAAAAAGAAGACUGGUGAUGCAACAACCACAGUGAGACAGAUCCUGCAUCAUUCAGGGGACUCGCUGGUGUUUAUUUGGUCUGAAGCAUUUUCUAAACGCUGUGCACACAGAUGUCAAUAUACAGCUCGUGUUGUGUCUGCCUUUGCAUCAGCUUUGUCUUUCCCAGGGAAACAUCCAUCACGCUCCGGGGUUUUUCUAAAGUAAGAGAGGGAGAACAUUGGCAGUAGUUUUAACUCCAAAAGAUUCCACACGCCAGUGUUUCAGAACUAGGUUGGGAUGCACCAUCUUGGCUCUUCACAGGAGUCAAAUUUAUAAAGUCCCGAUAAAGAAUAAACCAUGUGACACGUGGGAAAUAAUAAGCAGCUGGGUCCGCUGAAGCAGAUGGAAGCGCUCUCAGAUUGUGCUGCAGCUUCCUCCCCUCAUGCGUUACAGUAACGGCUCUGAGGCUGCGACACAGUCACGUCUUUCACGGCUUUGUAAUCCAAAGUUUCCCAUCAAACGGUCUGAUGUGUGUUUGUGUAAUCUGUACGUUAGGCUCCCAGGAAAAACAUGGACGUAACGUUAUGCAAGUCAUUAUCUUCAUUCAUUCGCAGGUGGAGAAAAGAAAAAAAAGUUCACCCAAAAUGUGCCAGGCAGUUAGUUUUAUCGCGGUGGUGGAAUGUUUGCUUGAAACUAGUCUGUUCUUGAUUUGUGCCUUUUUUUUUUUCUUUUUUUUUUUUGUAUCAACGAUUGAGUUGUUGCCGGCGAGCGCUCUGUUCCUGAUCCCAGUAGAGAGGCAGCACCAGCGUGUGCUGGGGCUGAACAUCCCUCCAUCAUACACUGGAUGAGUCACAGCUUCCAUCCUCAUAACCACGGCCCAGUUUCAUGUUGUGUUUGGACACUGUUGCCACGGCAACGACGCAUGACCACUCUCUGUUUCUGAUUAUUUAUCGGUAAGCGGCUGUAUUACGUUGGUAAGAGCUGUCGAUCUGCGAGGACUCUGAUAAGCCCAGCUGUCCUGAUGCCUUCUCCUCCCUCCUACCUUGUAAUUAAGAGAAGACUUUUAUAGAGGCCACAAAUGAAAUAGAUAAAUGCCAAUUUUGUAAGAAUGAUUUAUAAAAAAAAAAUAAACUCGUAUUUGAUUAUAA